AUACUAUUUUACGGGCCAUAAAGAUUAUAUCUGUCAAGCUACGUGAGAGUAGGUGGUGGUCGUCGUUCUCGUUCUGCCAAGGCUCAGCGAGUCGGUAAUGCCCAGUUCUCCAGUUCUCUUUUCGGGCUAAGCAACCCAGCCAGACGUGCAUUCUUACAUCUGAGUCUGUUUUCUUUUUCUCUCCCUUGGACCCGAUACUUUCUCCGCGCGCCCAGACCGAAGCACUUGACGAGCGGCAGAUCUCGAGUGGACCCGAUGUGCGAUAAAAUACACAAUGUUCCCUGUCUCACUCUCUUUCCCUCUCGCUCUCGGAUUUUGACUCUCCACUACGGAACAAGAAAGAUUUCGUCUGGAGAUCGUUAUCAAAUUGCGAAGUGCGCUCUACAUACAAAUGUGCUCCGUUGGGUCCAUAAUUGUGAACAGGUGGCCGCCCAGUGUGAUCUUCAGGCGGUUCUUCAGCCUCCAUUGCAGUCGAGCCCGGGUCCGGGGAAGUAGAAGUCGUCCGUCCUCCUUUAACUGCACUUCUUCUCUGCUGCAUAGAAUCUGCGGUAGGAAAGUAUAAAAUCCGUCACGCGGAGCGGGGAGAGUAUGAUUUCGUGUAUGACGUCCUCGUGACCCGGUUGCCUCCACCGCACGGCUAUGCAGGAGGGAAUCAGUGCUGGUAAGAGACUGGAAAGAGAAAAUUCCGGGUCGAAACGAGCCCGGAAAACUUCGCAGCGCCGUAUCGUAUCGGGGAUCAAGGAAGGGCAGCAAUUUGAGUGCAGGGUGUGCAUGAUUCUGCUCAUACGUUGCGACGGGCGAAAGGUUCAUCGGCGUGGACGGUGGAGGUAUUGCACGUGGUAGUUGUUGACGCCGAGGCCAUUGCAAUUACUCCCACACGUGUCUGGCUAAGAUGCUUUGACUUUGACUGUACAUAUCUGAGGACGAGACGGGGCGUUGCAACGUUGCAGCUUCUUGGCUUCGAAGCUGAGGCGACUGCAGCUGCUCAGCAUGUUGGCCCCCUUUGGUUGUGUGUACACGAAAGCAUCUCCAUCCCUUUCCACUAGUACAGUACAGUAUUGUAGCGAAUUUCCAAAGACUUUGAAUCGUGCCACCCUUUCAUGAGAGAACCAUCCACUCCGUGAAAUCCAACUAUGCUGGGCUCAUUCAUUAAGCACGAAAUCUUUUUGCCAAGGUGUGGAGGCAAGCUACUACGGGAGAGAAAGCGAGGCCACAGCAUGCGACGAUAAGUUUCGCCCUUUCCAUUGAUGCACUGACUUCCCAUCCCAUGCCUUCUAGUCAAAACUCAUGCUUUUCUAGAAGCGAUCAUUGCCACUAAAUAACAUAUUGUAAGUCCAUUUGAUUCUGCAGUCUACGGGUGGCAAAUUUCCAAGAAGUCCGUGUCUAUUGCAUUGGUGGAAGUAGAGUCACACAAAGGAAGAAGAGGGCUGCGAAACGGAGGUAUCUUGAGGCAUAUCCUGGAGAACCUUGAAGAGAUCAUCGCCAAUGUCCGCCACUCUUUUCAGAGGAGUUAUUGCCACGAGGAGAACCACGCACCCACUUCACAAGGUCAGGAUGACCCUUAGAUUUCGCGGUCUACAAAUAUUAUACCAUUUGUUGCCCUCAAGUAUCGACGAUAUUAAUUUCAACAGAAAACGUACGGGCAAUCCCAUCCAGCUUUACACAAUAGAAUGUCAUGAGACCAAUAUAGCACGGCAAUUAUCUCACUGGAUGAGCUGCUUAGAGAUGAUCUAUGAUGAAUAGAUGCAAGGAGGAGGGCAGCUGGAGCAUAGUCUUCCUCACAAGCUACUUUGGCCUUGCAGCCCGGAAACAUUCCUGCUGCUAAUUAGCUGUAGAUUCCUUCUGAGACCAGCAGAAUUGAUCAAAGGGUGUGCUUGUAGGCGACAACUCGGCCUGGCUUCUCCCCCGAAGAUCUUGCCUACGUCUGGCCCUGGAGCGUUUGGCCUUAACUACAAGGAAGCAGAGGACAAUCACCUUCAGCUCCAUCGCAGCGUGGGGAUGGAUGGAUGGUAAGCAGGCCGUCAAAAGAAGAGAGAGAAAGGUCAGCAGUUCGAGGCAGCGUCAUGGAAAACCGGAGCCCGGAAUCGCUGUUUACGUCUGCAGUAACGUCUGUACGAAGCAGUUGAAUGUGAUGUGGCCCAUGGCCGCUACAGGCUCCACUGUGCUGGGCUCGACUGUUCGAUCGACGAUCGGUUUGGAAUCAACAUCUGGCACAUCUGGUUGUAAUCUUUUAUUCUCCAGGCUGAUGACGGCUUCCGAUUAUUCUGUAAGGCUUCGCGUUGCUCGGUGGUUGAUCUGUUCAGAUCGCCUGGAAUGCCAAGGAGCAUAACAAGGUACUGACUUCCCAGUCUUGCGGCGCAUUUUGAAACUCGGAACGGAGGGGAGGACGCUUCAGAUGGUCCUAGAUAAGAAUGAAGAGUUCUGUACGUGCCUGAACACGGCUGAAGGACUGAAAAAUCUCUAUGGCCAGUCCCGUGAGGAAAAUAAUCUUUUCUCUGGCAUAAAGCGCUGUACCUCACGAUGACAGUGAAUUGCAAAAUGGGCGGUAGCUUGACUGACGUGAUGAGCCGCGAAGGUUUGGACAGGGGCACAGUUUCCAGACGACCAGAGGAAUCUCGUCGCUGUGGGCACCGUGACUGGCUUAGAGAGCCACCCGAGUCAGUCUCAAACUCCAUUCAUCAUUCCUCCUUGCAGUGCCGGCUUCACUCUGCAGUCAUUCGAGGCUGGAGCUAGUCAAGCUCAUUGGGCUAAAAUGAAAAGAACAAUGACUGCAAGCUCCGCUAUCCAACCCCACCCCGCUGUGGAAUGAAUUCAGGACCCCGGAUCCGAACUGCAUGGCGGAGAGGAGGUGCGCAACGGAUCGGUAAGCCAGAGUCUGGAUCUAGUGAUCAGGCGGGAGCAAACCUACCAGCAGCCGGAAAGUAAUUGAGGGCUGUAAGAGCAGUAGACAAGGAGUCGGCGCCUGAUGCGCUCUCGUGGUCCCCGCCUGCCUGGGUGCCUGGACCUCCGCCCUACGCUACCCACAGAUUGCCAUGUCGAUCUCGUGCAGCGGAGUUGAAGAACGCUUCCUUUGCCAGACCUCGUCAAUCCUCAUUUCAGCCUUGCUGCCAGCGUUCUCAUGGCAACGCAAAUUACAGCGUGAUGGUGACCGCCCGUGCCUUUCAUAGUAAGCCAGCCGAACAAUUAUAGGACAACGCAAGCGAUGCAUCACCUCAACCCGAGGGAUCUUGAAAAUUUUAAGGCUGCAAUCUUUCUCCUCCAGCAUAUUUCCUUCGGCUUUCCCGCAGCAAAUGUCCUCGAGUCGAUAGGUACUGUCGAUGUGGUAGAUGGGGCGAUAAAGUGAGGUUCGUGUCACCACAAACACGCAGUAGUGGUUCCCUGAGUCCCAAUGGCAUUCAUAUCUCGGCACGUUCGACCAAGCAUGGCGAUGUCUGGUGCAGGCCCCGGACAGUACGGUCAGUAACGACAAUGUCCUCAUUCCUGAUGACAGCAAAUUAAUAUAAUAUUACAGUAUACAUGUUCAAUGACGUACGAACAUGAGCUAGGGAGACUCAUACUGACACCAGUGCGCGUACUGCUUGGAGCAUAUUCAAACCUCUGCCAGAUUUCUACAUCCUGGUUUCCAAGAUUAAAAGAGAGCAAGGCUUAUUUGUCAUUACUUAUUUG